ACGGCUCUCAUUUCUUGGGGCUAAAAGGUACAUGCCAUUUAAUUUGAGACCAGGGGUGGACUGACAACUCAUGGGGCCCCUGGGCAAUAGGGGAUCAUGGGCCCUUGUGUCCUUGCUCAAACUCAAAAAAGCCUAUGAAAAAAGGUACCAGGGGCAUCUCAUGGGGCCCCCUACUGACCCCGGGCCCUCGGGCAGUGCCCGAGUUUCCAAAUGGUCAUUCCGCCCCUGGUCAGGAAUGUGUGAUGCUCCUGUUUCACAGCAGAUACUGGUCGCUUUCCACAUCCUGGCUUUGGCAGAGCUGAACUCU